AUGCAAGCCACAAUACAUUAGCAAAACAAGCCAGCAAAUAUGUUUGUAUACAGAACGUUGCAUCAAUAAUCAAAAUGGAUGAAGCUAUUAAUCAGAGAAAUUGUGCGUAUGGUAUUUCUUGCAAAGGAGAGGUCUUGGAGGAUACUUACGAAACAAUACCACCACUAAGGAUUCUGCCACAAGAUAACGAAAAAAAAGACCUCGAGCCAGCAACAAGAGAAGUGUCAGUUAAAGUGAGGAAAGUACAAGUGAAUUGCUAUGCUAUUGUCACCAUCUUAGCUCUAGUGAUGGCUAUUCUUUCUCUGAUAGUGGCUUUGGUAGGAGUGAGCUAUGCUCUAAUAGAGUUGAACAACCAGCAAGGUCAACUAAGCAGUUCCAGUCAGGGGGUGAAAUCCCAGAUCAACAACUUGAAGCAACAAAUUCAAAUAUCAAAUGAGCAGUGUAAAAUUAAGAUAGAAUUGCAUGCCCAACUGAACGACACACACCAAAUUUUGCAAGCUCAACUAGAUGAAUCGAACCAAGUUUUACAAGCUCACUUAAACGCCUCAAACCAGCAGAUUCAAAUAUCAAAUGAGCAGUGUAAAAUUGAAUUGCAUGCCCAACUGAACGACACACACCAAAUUUUGCAAGCUCAACUAGAUGAAUCGAACCAAGUGUUACAAGCUCAAUUAAACGCCUCAAACCAUCAGAUUCAAACAUCAAAUGAGCAGUGUAAAAUUAAGAUUAUAGAAUUGCAUGCCCAACUGAACGACACACACCAACUUUUGCAAGCUCAACUAGAUGAAUCAAACCAAGUGUUACAAGCUCAAUUAAACGCCUCAAACCAACAGAUUCAAAGUAUUUUCCAAGAUGUCAAAAAAAUCAUAGCAACUGAGCUACAAAUAGGGAGCAUAAGCAAACCAGCCAGCUCCUGCCAUGACAUCCCUCAUUACAAAUCAUCAGGAGAAUACUGGAUUGCUACUGACAGUACUAGAAUUCCUGUUGAAGUCUACUGUGACAUGAACCGAACAAGCUGUAGCUGCAACACUACAAAAGGAUGGAUGAGAGUAGCCAACCUCGACAUGUCUGACCCCAGCCAAAACUGCCCAGAUGGAUUCAGACUGGAGACAACACCACCAGAUCCACUACGUGCCUGUGUCAGACCUGAACCAGCAGAAUGUGUGUCUACUACCUACGCAACGUAUGGGGUGGAGCACUCCCAAGUUUGUGGGAGAGUGAUUGGCUAUCAAGACAAAACUCCAGAUGCUUUUCGACCAUAUUCUUUAAACAAAACACUGUCUAUUGAUGAUGCUUACGUUGAUGGUGUGAGCCUAACCCAUGGACGGUCGCCUCGUCAGCAUAUCUGGACAUUUGCUACUGCGCACGAUGAAACUAUCUCAAAUGAAUUGGUUUGUCCUUGCACAAGAUCUAACCGCCCCUACACUGGAGUUGUACCUCCUUUCAUCGGUCAAGACUACUUCUGUGAAACUGGAAGCCGACAAGGAGCUACUACUAGCACCUUUUACCCUGACGACCCAGUCUGGGACGGUCAGGGAUGUGGAGAUACCAGCACUUGCUGUAUGUUCAACAACCCACCGUGGUUCUGCAAGCAACUUCCUCAGCCAACUACAGACGAUAUCGAAUUGAGAAUCUGUGCUGAUGAAGGUCGUAACAAUGAAGACGUACUUAUAAAGCUAGCAGAGAUCUACAUUCGCUGAUAUACAUGCAUAUACUAACUCUCAAGUUAAACUAUAAUUAUGUGGCUAAAUAUAUGUAUCGUGUGAACAUUGAUAUUAUAGAGACUUAUAAUAGAAAGUUUAAUUUCUGAAUAUUUCAGAUAAUGUACAAUGCUAGCAGUGUGUGUUAGAAGUGCAGCAUGCAUACGUAAUAGUCUGAAAAUGUGUUUUUUGUUUUAUAAUCCUUAUUUGUCAUUAGUAAAAACCAGUAGGUUUUACAUAGGAUUGGCAGUGGGUUUGCCCGUGUUUAGCAAUAUUUCAAUUAUUUUGACUCAUG